AUGCGAUCUCUCACCUCUAAGACAAGCUCGGCUUUACUGACAGUAUGGGGAUUAUUGUCUGUAUCGUUGAUGCCCUCGUUGGGUCAUGCAGACAAAUCUGCUGGGGAUUACUUCGUCCAUUCUUUGCCGGGUGCUCCGGAUGGACCAUUACUCAAGAUGCAUGCUGGACACAUCGAGGUCACCCCUGAGCAUCAUGGGAACAUAUUCUUCUGGCAUUUCCAGAAUAGACACAUUGCCAAUAAACAGCGCACAGUUAUUUGGCUGAAUGGUGGCCCAGGUUGUAGUUCUGAGGAUGGAGCUUUAAUGGAGAUUGGGCCUUACAGAGUGAAGGAUGGAUCCAACGGGCCAAAACUUGAGUAUAAUCCAGGGUCAUGGGAUGAAUUUGCAAACGUAAUGUUUGUGGAUAACCCGGUAGGAACAGGAUUCAGUUUCGUAGACUCCGACAGCUAUAUUCACGAUUUGCCGGAGAUGGCAGACCAAUUCGUCAAGUUCUUGGAGAAAUGGUUUGCGCUGUUUCCGGAGUAUGAACAUGAUGAUUUGUACCUAGCGGGAGAAUCUUAUGCGGGACAGCACAUUCCAUACAUCACAAAAGCGAUUCUUGAAAGAAACAAGAAGCCCGAUACAAAACAUCAGUGGCCAGUCAAGGGGAUGCUUAUUGGCAAUGGAUGGAUUUCACCGGUGGAACAGUACAUGUCCUAUCUCCCAUUCGCGUACGAGAAAGGGCUGGUCAAGAAAGAUAGUGAAAAGGCAAAGAAACUGGAAUCUCAACAAGCCAUUUGCACCAAAAUGCUGAACGAAAACGGUGGAAGAGAUAAGGUAGAUAACAGCCAGUGCGAAGAAAUCUUACAGGAGAUUCUGUCGACCACGCAAACCAAGGGCUCUGAUGGCAAAUCGGAAUGCUACAAUAUGUAUGAUGUGAGAUUGAAGGACUCCUACCCAAGUUGUGGUAUGAACUGGCCUCCCGACUUGGUCAACGUUACACCCUACCUCCGCCGAUCGGAUGUGGUUGAAGCUCUACACAUAUCGCCAGAAAAGAGAACCGGGUGGACGGAGUGUAACGGUGCUGUCGGUAGUGCUUUCAGAGCUGCGCACUCCAGACCUUCCAUUCAGAUUCUACCGGAUAUACUCGCAGAAGUCCCUACGAUUCUAUUUUCCGGUGCCGAGGAUUUGAUUUGCAACCACAUUGGUACUGAAGAAUUGAUCAGUAAUAUGGAAUGGAACGGGGGCAAAGGCUUUGAACUUGGUUCAGGAACUUGGGCACCACGUCGAGAUUGGGAAUUUGAAGGCGAGGCAGCGGGUUUCUGGCAAGAGGCGCGCAACUUAACUUACGUCCUCUUCUACAAUUCGUCUCAUAUGGUACCAUUCGAUUAUGCACGACGAACCCGAGAUAUGCUUGACAGAUUCAUGCAAGUGGACAUUGCCAGUAUUGGUGGUGCUCCCACCGAUAGUCGUAUUGACGGUGAGAAGGGUCUGGAGACAUCCGUUGGUGGCCAUCCUAAUAGUACUGCUGCCGCUGAAGCAGAGGAAGAGCGCUUAGAAGCCGCGAAAUGGAACGCCUACUAUAAAUCCGGUGAGAUUGUUCUAGUAAUCGUCAUCAUCGCCGCCUCAGCAUGGGGUUAUUACAUCUGGCGCGAACGACGUCAACGCGCCGGUUACGCUGGAAUUUUUGGAGGCGAUACUCCUAUGGCUUUGGCGGGCGCGAGAAAUGGCCCUAGAGGUGCUGCGGGUCUAGAAAAUUUCCGCAAUAAACGACCAGCUCGGGAUGUGGAGGCGGCAGAUUUCGAUGAAAGUGAAUUGGAUGAGCUACAUGUGAGGUCGCCUACGGAUGACAUAGAUAGAGAAAGAUAUAGUGUGGGAAGUGCAAGUGAUGACGAAGGCACCAGCAAAAGAAAUGGAAAUGGAAACGGGAAGCAGAAGGAAAAUAAUUACUCAUAG